UUAAUUAUUAUUAUGUUUGUAAACUGAAAUAUUAAACAUAAACCGCAUAAAGUCAUGCUUACGUACCUCUCCUGAAAAUCAAUAUGUACUUGUUUCAACAUCCUUAACCUUUGACCCAUGAACUUUGGCUUAACUCAUUGCAAAGUUCCUUGACCUAAAUCUAGAUCCUGUUGGCCGAGAAACACGACUCGAAAGGGAUGGUAGAUCACACUCUAUUUCACAGAGUUGUGUACAGAUUACCGUCACUAUUUUAUGUGAUUGUUGGAUAAUAAGAGUUUCAUUAAAAAGAACUAUAUUUUCAAUGCUCCACAAUGGACCAAAGUGAGAAAGAUGUCCCAGCCUACCUUGACUACUUUGCUGCCUCCGGUAAUGAUGAAGAACCCGAGAAGAGUUCUGAGGAAACCGAAACCAGUUCCACAGAGGAGACGGUCGAUUACAGUGAGCGGGAAGACGAUGAUGACUACGACCCUACAGAAGAUGUCGGCCAGGCUGGUGAAGGUGAUACAAGCUCCAGCGACGAUGGUGAAUGGCUUCCAGGUAAAAGAAAGAGGAACAGUUUGAGAACAAGGGCAAAAAGGAGACCACAAAUGACAUUUACUGGUGAACCCCUGUCUUCUGGUUAUGGAUUCACACCAGCUGAACAUUAUUCAGGAAAAGGAGGAUCUGUUGGUUCUAGUCAAAGAGUGGGUUUUGUGAAUAAGCCUUGUGCGUUAGGUGGACCAUCAAAAACAAUUCUAAGGAACAUUCUCGAAACUACACCUGCAGCCAGCAUGACCUGUUUAUCAAGUCAGAAAUCAAGAGGUAGUUUCUUCAGUCCAUGUCUGCAAGCUCUGCUAAUGAAAAAGGCAGAUGCAGUUUCUGUGUCAUCGAAAAUUUAUACCAAAUCAAAUUCACAAAAUGUACUAGUCCUAACUGGCAAUGGACAGAAACCUAAUUCUGAUGGCAUACUGAUGGAAACUGCAGAUGGAGCUUCAUUGUCAAAGAAAACUGAUACCAAAUCAAAUUCACAAGAUAUACCAGUUCUAAAUAGCAAUGGACAGAAACCUAAUUCUGAUGGCAUAUUGCCAAGUUCUUCCGUUUCAGUUGAUAGAAGUGGAAAUAUUGUUGCAGGAAGUGCGUCUUCUUUGCUUGUGGCCAUGCUUAAGAAGGCACAUGCCCACUCAAAUUCACCCGAAAGUCUGGUUUCUACACAAGAUGCUAGUCUGCGGAUUGCAUCCAGUGUUAAUAAUAAUGAACUGAAAGGCUUGGGUCAUGUAGAAAAUACUUGUGCAUUUAAGACUUCUUCCUUCAAUACAUCUGACAUCAGACUGUUACAAGAAAAUGUGAAUUCAGAGCAAGUCACUUGUGAUAUCUGCAAAAGAAAAAGCAGUUCAACAGUUUGUCUAAGGCUUCCGUUAUCUGAUAAUGGCGUUGCUGAUUUUAAGCAGUGGAAGGUUUGUGAAUGGUGUGAAGUCAAGAUAGUUGGAGCCACAGUACUGAAAGAUCCAGUUGUACCGCAAAUAACUAUUAAAUUAGAAUCUGGAGCAAGCCUAUCCACAACUGAAAAAAAUGCUGAUGAAGAUUCAAGAGAACCUGGUGCAUUAAAGGUAAUAUCCUUGUCAAAUUGGGCUCCAAAUCCAAAGACAGAAAGCAUUGGUGAAUUUAAAAAACGGCUACAGCACAAGUUCACAAAUAGUCAAGAGGUGUUGCUAGAUUCUUUAUUUGGUUCAGAAUCGUGCAACAAAUCCCAGCCUGGUUUUAAGGUGUCUGAGAGUUCAUCGAGUCAAAAUGGUGACACUGUAGAUACACAGGAUUCACCAGUUGCUGCAUGCACUACACAUAUACCUAAAGGAAGCCCAAAGAAAAUGAUUAGAAAUGUAUCUAAUUCGUUAGUCAAAACAACAAACAAUAAUUCAGAGUCUUUGCUGUCAGCAUUGGCUUCUGACAGAGUUGUGGUUAAGAUGGAACCACCUGAUGCCACUUGUGACUAUAACACUUGUGAUAAAUCUUCUCAACAAAUGAGUAACAAACAAUUGCUCUCUGACAGAGUUGUGGUUAAGCUGGAACCACCUGACGACAUUGGUGAACAUAACACUUGUGAUAAAUCUUCUCAACAAAUGAGUAACAAGGAAAUGGAGUUACCAGAGAUGGGACCUUUUACCCAGUCUAUUGUAGUCAAGCAAGAACCUGUUGAUGACUAUCAAACAGCCACAGUUUUAAAUGCUGCAACAUGUGACAUUCAUGUUGGUGCCAAACUGCAAGAAAUCUCUUCUCCUAGUAAUAUAUUGAACACGCCAGUGAAUUCCAGCAAAAGUGACAAUACGAAUCAGUUUACAAGUAUCCUAUCUCAGUUGCUUAAUUCUCAGUAUACACAGAAACCUGGGAAUACAAUUUCUUGUGAAAGUAAAAUUAAUUCUCAAGAUUCAAAGUGCCAACAGUGUUUUCCAUUGACCUUUGUACAAGAGGGCUCAAAAACAGAGAUGGAUGUAUCAUCAAACGAUCAACAUUUAAAUUCUAUUGUACAUAAAACUCCUGAUGACAGAGUGUCUUUAGCUUCUUCUUCACUGCCAUUUUGUGAAAAAGAACAAAUAGCACAAUCAUCAAUUAAAAAUUCAAUACCCCAAAAUGAGCUGUUGUCCAUGCUAAAAAUACCUAUCAAACAAGAACAAGCCGAUUUCACAGAUUGUUCAAGUGUUGUAUUACCAAGCAUUCCAGUACCGAAAGACUCUACAACUUCUGAAUUCACAGGUUUUAGUAUGAAAAAUGAACCAAUUUAUAUCAUAGAGUCAUCAGAGGAAGCAAACACAACAGAAAAAGCUCAUCUUAUUAAGUCCACCCAGUCGCAUUCAUAUCCCAUUCUCCAGCAGACAGAUUCAAGUCUCCCAGAAUGUCCUACCAGGUCUGAAUUCUGGGCAUCUGAUCUCCUCCUGCAGAAUUCCCAGUCACCAAGAAGCUCAAUGCCCAAGAGCAGCAGUCUGUUGCUGCAGCAGCUGUGUAGGAGUCAUGAAACCCAAUCAGCAUCCAGCAAUGAGGACUCUUCUUUGUUGUCUCAUGGUUACACUCCAGAGGUUUCUCCUCGUGAUGAUGCUCUUUGGAGUCUCUCACUUGUUCAGGCUCUUAAUGCUCCAGCCACCUACAACCUGAGUGACCUGCUUCGACAGCUAAGCCGCAGGUCCUCAAAGAUGAACAAUCCAACCAACAGUGGCUCUGUGAUCUCACCGAGGAUGGAUACCACGAGGUCAGCAGUAGAACAUGAUUCAUUUGCAGUCAGUUUGGAUAAAGCACAAAUACCUACAGGCAACAGCCAGUCAAGGCAGUCUUCCCACAACAAUAAUAUAAAUGGUUCAGAUUGUGUGGAUCUCACCAUUGAGUGCAACGAUCCUGAUUUGCCAACAAAACUUGUUUCACAAGCAGGAAGAACUAUGAGUGAGCCUGUUGCUGGAAUACAGCCACGUAAUGUAUUCCAUGUUGGAAAAAGUGCAUUGUCGGGGAAACAGCAGGCAGAACUGACGGACAGCAUUUCUAGUAGAACAAGAACUAAAGAUGAUCUGCCAAUCUCAGAUGUUGCAGUACAUGGUGUUUCGAGCAAAUCAAAACACAAUUCAAAGAAAGAUCUCAAGUGUGCUUCUUUGAAUAUGUUGGUAAAACUGAGACCUUUUGUCUGCAUGCGGUGUUCAGAAUCAUUUACGACUAGUAGAGGUCUUAAAAUACACAUGCAAUCCCAUGAGCAAGAUAAAGUCUAUGGCUGUGGCAUUUGUGGAAGGAAGUAUUCCACUAAUGGAGUACUGAAAAAACACAUCCUGACAUACCAUGGUCCAAUUGGUCAAAAGUCUGAAGAUGAUCAUGAUUAGGCCAAUAUACAGACAUUUGUCUUAUAAUAUUCUAAUCCUUUAUUAGUUAAACCCAACCAAUAAAUAAAGCUUCCUGUGACAGGGGCCCAACUUCCAUAAACAACCUCCAUUUCCCCUCCAUGUAAGGGCUGAAUUAUUAUUAAAUAUUAAAAGUUAAAUUAUUUUAGAUAGAGUAUUUUUUAUAAUUUAUAAUAGUUAUAAUUUGGAAGUGCCCAAAACGUAUGUAAAGUCCCCUUAUUCUUUUGGUUGUAAUAAUCAAAAUUGUAACUGUAAUAUAUUCUAUCCCGGAUAAAGCUUCUGGCUAUCCAGAGGCGGGACCCAGGACAGACAUGCUCAAAACCGUAGUGGUAUACAGGGCUCGAAAUGCAGUGUUAGUACAUGCACCGGUGCAUGCUGAUUU